CUUGUUGGCUUGCCGCUACUUUUCAACGGACCGCACCGCAGCAAUCCGUCGUCCUCUGCUCACUCCGCUCCGCUCGCCACUUCCCCCAUUCCCACCUCUUUCUCGUCCCCCCGCAGCCCUGCUUUCGUUGCGUGCGUCUCGCUUCCUUCCACACUCCUUCCCUUUGCGCCGCCCGUCCACCCAUCAACUCCAUCCGAUUUUUUUCCAACGGUGGUGCACGCACCCGCGGCGGCUAGGGAGCUUCGUCGUCCAAGGACAGGAGAAGCAUGGCGCCGGAGGGUCUUCUUGGCGUCCACCGCCGCCUGUUGGACGAGGCCCCGGCGCCGGUGAGUGACGUGACGGGGCACGGCUCCGGCUCCGGCUCGAGCUCGGAAGCGAUGCGGAUAAUGGUGGGCGUGCUGGUGACGGUCAUCGUCUGCACGCUGCUCUACUGCGUCUACUGCUGGAGGUGGCGGAAGCGCAACGCCAUCCGUAGAUCCCUGCUGGACAGCCUGUGGCCGCGGUCGAGCUCGGACCUGCCGCUCAUGGACCUCGCCUCCAUCCUCGCCGCCACCGACAACUUCUCAGAGGCCAACAAGCUCGGCGAAGGCGGCUUCGGCCCUGUCUACAGAGGCGUGCUGAGCGGCGGGUCGGAGAUCGCGGUGAAGCGGCUGUCGGCGCGGUCGCGGCAGGGGGCGGCGGAGUUCCGGAACGAGGUGGAGCUUAUCGCCAAGCUGCAGCACCGCAACCUGGUGCGCCUCCUGGGCUGGUGCGCCGAGCGCGACGAGAAGCUGCUCGUCUACGAGUACCUCCCCAACCGCAGCCUCGACGCCUUCGUCUUCGAUCCGAGCAAGAGCGCGCAGCUGGGGUGGAGCACCCGUCACGACGUCAUCCUCGGCAUCGCCCGCGGCCUGCUCUACCUCCACGAGGACUCGCUGCUCAAGGUCGUGCACCGGGACCUAAAGGCCAGCAACGUGCUCCUCGACCACAAGAUGAGCCCCAAGAUCUCCGACUUCGGCAUGGCCAAGAUCUUCGAGGACGAUUCCGACGCCAUCAACACGGGCCGCAUCGUCGGAACAUACGGGUACAUGGCGCCGGAGUUCGCGUUGGAGGGCGUCUUCUCGGUAAAGUCAGACGUGUUCAGCUUCGGUGUCCUCCUCCUCGAGAUCUUGAGCGGACAGCGGAACGGCGCAUUGUACCUGGAGGAGCACCAGCAAUCUCUCAUCCAAGAUGCAUGGAAGCUGUGGACCCAAGAUCUCGCGGCCGAGUUCAUGGACCCGUCGCUCGGGCGCUCCUACUCCAAGGACGAGGCCUGGCGAUGCUACCACGUCGGCCUUCUCUGCGUGCAGGAGAACCCCGACGUCCGGCCGACCAUGUCCAACGUCCUGCUCAUGCUCAUCAGCGACCACAUGAAGCUCCCUGACCCGGCCAUGCCGCCACUGUUCACGCGACUGAGGAAGAUCCCCUUGUCAGCGAUGCCACUCACGACCAAGACGGAGUCAACGACGUCUCCCCAGUCGAUCAACGAUGUGUCCAUCACCAUAAUCGAACCGCGAUGAGGUCGUUGGAGAAGGUCUGAAAAUGGAGUGAUAAUGAGAUCCCCUGAUGGGAAGUUGAGACAGAGCCGUGCUUGAAGUGUAAGUAAGAGUGCAACUAUUUUAGAAUGAGUAACAUGUAACUCUAAAAUAUGCAAGUUCUAAUUGUGUGCUAUGCAGCAUGCACAAGUCACAAGUGCAAGAUUCACUUUUAAUUUUCCAGAUGACACCAGGGAAUGCAGGUUUUCAAUUUUGACAAGUUUCAGAAAUUUGGACAGCAGACUAGCAAGUGGCAAGGAGGAAGAAGAAAGAUUCCCCUUUUUGGGGUAUGUCAAGGCACACACAUGUGACCUUCGGCCAUUGGUGCGCUGCUGAAAGAAACGGGAGACCUGAAAAGAAGGCGGUGCUUUAUGACUUCCUGUGUUCUCCUUUGGACCACUGUCGCCAGAGUUCUCACCGCGUGAUAGACACUGCAACACUCUUUUUGCAGAGCUGGUGAAGUGCAGAAAUGUAGGUAACGGUAAAAACCGACCAUGCUCUAGUGAAAUGGUAGGGGUCCUCUUGCAUGUUUGUAGAGAUGAUCUGAUUGAAAAUUUAUGAAGAAUGCUAAAUUUAUAGUCACUUUAUAAUAAGUUUUAAUUAUAUUGGUAGUAUGUCGCUACUCACACGGCUUCCAGUCAUAUGAAUGAAUGCCAAAGCCCUUAGUUGUUGCCAUCACU